AUGGAAGCACCAGGCCCAUUUGACGACGUCAUUGAAGAUGAUUAUGACUCUUUUGAUGAGAUAUUUACACAACAUUUUGCAGACGAUGGUACUUGUCUACGCGAGGACAUCACAAACAUUGCCAACGAUCGGAAAGGUGCUCGUCCAUCGCAUCAGAAGGGACUGCCCGACAGUCAGAGCUCCUCUGGCACUACCAAACGCUUUGUCAUACCGCCCGCCUGUCAUUCCCAACCUCGGCUCUUUCGCCCGUUCAAUGUCCAUAAUGCAGAAUUGCCGUGGGCUCAGAGAUUCCCCCCUAAAGACAUAAGUGAACUGGCAGUUCACGGCAGGAAAGUCUCCGAGGUGAAAAAUUGGCUGAAUAAUGCAUUCUGUGGGACGGGUGAACGGUUACUUAUCCUCCGUGGCCCCGCGGGAAGUGGCAAGACAACCACAGUUUCCAUUUUGUCAGAGGCUCUGGGGUGCGAGAUACUUGAAUGGAGAAAUCCAGCGGCAUCUGACUCUGUCACCGACUUACCGAAUUCCGUUGCCCUGCAAUUUGGUGAUUUUCUGGAGAGGGCUAAUGAGCUCUCAGGUCUCAACCUUGACCUGCCGAGCAAUUUCCCCGAAGGUCAAAGGGGCGCCAUAGAGUGCUUUUCGCCGCGACGGCGUUUGAUUCUGAUUGAGGAAUUCCCUUCAUUAAUGACGCAAUCCCCUAACCUGUCUCUGUUCAGAAUGGCUGUCCAGCGGUACCUUGUAACGGCAGGCUCCGCUCGAGAGAUAGACAUAGUGCCCUGCUCUCCAAUCGUCAUUAUUAUCUCAGAGACACUUCUCGACUCGUGCUCUUCUUUUUCAGAUAACAUCACAGCUCAUCGAUUGUUAGGCCCGGCGAUCUGCAAUCAUCCGGGAACAAGCAUUAUUGACUUCAAUAGUAUAGCUCCCACGUUCAUGUUCAAAGCCUUAAAUUUGAUCAUAGAGAAGGAAGGCCGCGUUUCUAAAUCCGAGCGAGCACUAUCACCCGCUACAAUGCGCAGCCUCUCUCAAAACGGGGAUAUUCGAAGUGCGUCUGCCAGGCUAGAAUUCAUCUGCCUAAAGUCCAGUAAUUUUGCCGAGAUGAAGAAAUCGUCUAGGGCCAAGAAGGCCUCCCGGAGAGUACCCACUCUUACUCCGAUGGAGGAAAAGGCACUUGGGCUGAUAACCCAACGAGAGACCACUUUAGGGUUGUUCCAUGCUGUUGGGAAGGUUGUGUAUAAUAAGCGUGACGAUCCAAGCUCUAACAAAGAUGGUCAGUCUGUUAUGCCACCGAGCUACUUGCAUCAUUAUGGACGGCCGAAACCAUCACAGGUGCAGGUCAAUGAACUAUAUAAUGAGACUGGUACAGAUACGCAAACGUUUAUCAGUACUUUGCAUGAGAAUUAUGUUCCAUCUUGUGAUGGUGCCUCAUUCACAGAGUGCCUUGACGAUUGCAUUAGUGCGCUUUCAGAUAGCGACUUGUUGUAUCCUAUUUCCAAAAGGACAAACAGGUUCUUCAUACAUGCAGCUAGAAAUAGUGCUGCAGUUGAGACUUUGCGGCAGCAAGAAAUCAGCUACCAAGUUGCCGCUCGUGGGCUACUAUUCGCCCUCCCUUAUCCAGUGUCACGGAAGAGUUCAUUCAAUGAUGGUAUUGGGACUUCAAGACAUGGCCAACAACUUCUUUACCCGACUUCUUUGCGGUCACUGCAUGUUAUGGAGGAGGUUGAGGGCCUCGUAGCUUUGUGGUCAAGCAGGCUCUUGAGCUCGAUGAGUUACCCUGCCUCAGGCUCAAUAUUCGAAUCUACUACUCCCCUCAGCGAGAAGGAGCUGAGCACUAACAGCAAGUUCUCUCACGAGGGUGCUCGGAAUGAGAGCCAAACAGUGGCAGCAACCAUGAUACCGCGCAGUGACCUUAUACUUCACCAAUUGCCGUAUAUGGCAUGUUUGUUCAGAGGAGCCACUGAAGGACAGGAGCUCGAAAAGAUUACAAAGCUCACCAGGCUCCGGCCGCAGGCUUCCGACAAAGCACAUACCUUCUUUGGUGAGAUAGAGGCACCUGGUGCGAAUGUCGGACUACUGGGAGAAAUAUCGAAAACAAGGCUUCGAGGCUGGGAUAGCACUUCAGAGUCCUAUCUACCGUCUGGGACUGAUGAGAGAGGGCUUACCUUGAGUGAUGAUGAAAUCAUAGACGACAACUGAGAACUUGUUUCGAUGAUCUUGUCAUGCUUGGUAUGCUUGUCUUAAUUCAAGCG